AAUCGAUCAAAAAAGUUCCAGACAAAUUUAACAACUCCAGAAUCCAAAUCAAUCAUCCAGCAAUUCCAACAAUUCCAACAAUUGUUUCAUUCCCAACCCUCAAUACACAUAUACAAACCAACACAUGUGGAUGUAAAGCUGAAUACACCACUUGUACUCACCCUAAUACAUUCCUGGCAUUCCAUCCACUGUUGGUUUUUUAAGUUAUGGCUCUUUCAAGAUCGGCAAGUGGUCCAGGCGGCCUAUCCAUUAAUACAUCUUCAGCUAAUUUAUUUGGAUCAAGCAGUAGCCAGCCUCCAGCACAAGGAGGCUUGUUUGGUUCGACCUUAACAUCACAACCUGCUGCUGCCUCGAGUCUAUUCGGAAAUGCUUCCACACCUAAACCUGCCGCGAGUGGUAGUCUAUUUGGAAACGCCGCACCUUCCUCCACUCCCGCCGCCGCUUCUCAACCACAACAAUCUACCUCUCUAUUCGGAUCAUCCUCUACCGCAACAUCUCAGCCUCAACAAACGGGCACCAGCUUAUUCGGAGGAGGAACAAAUACUGCCACUACCAAUCAACCUCAACAGUCAGGCGGGCUCUUCGGUAGCUCACAGCCUGCCCAACCGCAAACGCAAAACCAAACCCAAGGCACCAGUAGCCUAUUCGGCGGCAGCAUCGGCGGUCAAUCGACAUCUACUGGAGGGGGCUUGUUUGGUGCCUCGACGAAGCCACCCGCAACAAACACCGGCGCUGCUGGAACUAGCAUGUUCGGCCAGGCUCCUCAACAACAGAAGUCCAGCCUUUUUGGUAGUAGCUUCGGUCAACCGGCGCAACCCCAAUCGAACCCUCUCGCACAAUCCCAGCCGCAACCUUUCUUGGGCUUAGGUGGAUCACUCGGCAUAGGCCUCACUAUGGGCCAAUCAGCCCAACCGACUGUUCCUGGCGUACGUAUAGAUGUUAGCAACCUCAAGGGCACUACGCGCUUCAACGAUCUUCAGGAGGAUUUGCAAAAGCAGGUGGAACUCGUCGAUAUGUUCAUUCAACAGCAAAUGCGGAACAAGGACGAAGUCGACUCCUUCAUGCCCGGCCACAAAGAGAUGCUGGAGAGUCUCCCUGCCGAUGUCAGUUACGUUGCGAAGAAAUAUGAGAGUGCCCAUAGUGCCCUAGCAUCAGCUGCCCAGGCAAUUGAGGCAGCUCGUGUCUUGGUCGCCCAGGAUAUAGACCAUGCGCGACUUAGCCUUCGUGCCAUCGAUAAUCUGAAGCUCCCUGAGCAAUAUCACACCUCGGGUAUAUGGUCACCCAGGCAGCAAACGGCUGGUAACGCGAAUACGGAAGCGGACGGACAGGAUCUUAUCAGCUUUUUCUCGGCGGCAGCUGACGAUAUGGAGGAGCAAGUACGACGAUACGACAAGAAUAUGGGCGAGAUUGAGAUGCAUAUGCAUGGUGUCAACGACAGUCUCGCAGAGCAGCUACAGAAGACGAUGGCGAACCAGAACGGCGCCUCAUCCGGCCCUAACGAGAAAGCCCAGGAGCUUAGCGCAGUGCUGAGGGAGUUGCAGCAAGGAAUAUUGAAGGUGGCUAGCGAUGUUGCUAGUACGAGAGAGGGUGUGACUCAGCUGCAAUGGGGCAACUUCAUCAACAGCAAUGACGAUCGCAACGGUGUGUUUUGAUAAAGAAAUUGAGUACUCCACGAGGUUUGGUGUUGGACAGUGGACUAGAUACCCAAAUGAGGAAAUGAGUUAGUAGCUUGAUGUCUAAUCACGAGAACCACCUGACGAGCCUCAUUUUCCCGUGCGGAGGAUCGCUCGGAGAAUUAGGACUAAAGGCACGGGCACGGAGUUGGGCGACGCAAGAGUAAGGU